AAAGUGUCAAAUAGGUCGAAGAAAUCAAAGAACUUAUCCGAGAUAUCAAUGUCAAUAUCUCCGACAUUGAGGAACUCCAUGGCGCUUCCAUGAUCAACAUUAGUGAAGAGCAAAUGUCAGAAAACAACUAUCGCUUGGAGCAGUUAAGCAAAAAAACGACAAAGCUGAACAAUGAAGCGAAAAAGAAGAUUAAAGCGCUUGAAUUGAGUAAUGCCCGCCUUCCUGCAUCCUCGGGUGAUCGCCCGAUGCGUGUGACGCAGCACGCAGCACUGAAGAAGCGGUUCAUCGAAACGAUCCAAAGAUAUCAGGAUAUUGAACGAACUUAUCAACAGAAAUACCGUCAGAGAGUGGAACGUCAAAUCCGCAUCGUGAAACCAGACGCUACGCCCGACGAAAUUGAACAGGUCCUUGAUUCGGAUGAAGCACCUCAAAUCUUUGCACAAUCGCUCAUGAACACAAACCGUUCUGGUCAUGCAAAUGCUGUGCUUAAUGAAGUCCAGUCGCGUCAUGAUGAUAUCAAAAAGAUCGAAAAGACCAUCCUGGAACUGCAUCAAUUAUUCGUGGACAUGCAAAUGAUGAUUGAGCAACAAGGAGAGGUGCUGACAAACGUUGAACAGCAGGUGGAAUCGACGGUUGUUGACCUGGAGCAGGGCAAUAAGGAUGUUGAGAAAGCUAUUGGCAGUGCCAGAGCUACCCGUGCGAAAAAAUGGUGUUGUUUUGUCAUUGCAAUUAUUAUCCUGGUGGUGAUUGCUAUUCUUGUAUGGUGGUUCGCAUUCGAUCAUCCUGGCGUUAAUUAGACCUGCCCCCCUCUUGUCCCUCUCACUCUCUCACUCUCUUUUCCCCCUCAUUUCGUACUCACACGCAUCUCUAUUCUUCUUUUAUUACUUACACCCUAAAAAUUCAUGUAUAGUUUUUUUUUAUUUAUUGAUUUUUGUACAAG